AUGAGAACCAACGAUAUCGCCGUCGCUAUCUUGUCGCUGGUGGGCCUGUCGGCUGCCUUCAUUGACGACACACGCAACCUCAAGUGGAGCACUCUUGGCGGCAAGAAGACACGCCUCAUCGGCCACCGCGGCGAGCGUGCAUUUGUGCCUGAGCACACGUAUGCGUCGUACUGGCAGGCAGCGCUCGAGGGCGCCGACUUCAUCGAGCCCGAUCUUGCCCUGACACGCGAUGGCCAGAUCGUUGUUAGCCACAACCUGUGGCUGGGCGAAACCACCAACAUCCGGGACAUUCCCGAGCUGCAGAAAUACAAGCGCAACAUCACCUGGCCUGACUCCAGCGGCCAUGUCUACGAGCUGACCAACGAGUACUUCAUUUUUGACAUGACCCUGGAAGACAUCAAGAAGGUGCGGGUCAUGCAGUCCGAUGUGGAGUACCGCCCGCAGAUCUACAAUGGUCUGUUUGGGCUGCUGACCUUUGACGAGUACCUGAGCACUAUGCGCGAGCUGACGGUGAAGCUGGGCCGGCCGUUUGGUGCCAUCCCGGAACUCAAGAUGCCCAAGAUUUACAACAUGGGCCGUCCUUAUCCCCGCUACUUUGAGGACCGUGCUAUCAUUACUCUGAGCCACUAUGGCCUAGCGAACAUUACAGGGAACAUCGACAAGAGCCAGCACUCUGACCUCAUUCUGAGCCCGGUUGCUCCCCUGCCUGCUGGCUCUGCACUAGGCCCAGCUGUCUGGCAGUGCUUUGACCAGGACACCUCUGCGUACCUUGCCAACAACACGGAUGUGCCUGUUGCCUGCACUCGACGAUGUCACGCCAGCCUUCUUCACACCCAAGGCCUGGACGCCGUGGCCAAAUACGCCAAGAUUGUGGCUCCCUGGAAAGAUUUCUUUGUCACUGGCGCCGAAGCCUCGCUAAAGGCAAAGGGCGUGACAUGGAAUGCCACCGAGAUCGCGGCCAUGGGCGGCUUCAUAGCCCCCGACCAGCUUGUGAAGGAGAUCCACAGCCGCGGGAUGGAGGUGUGCCCAUGGACGUUCUACAACUCAAAGGAAAGCCUGUCGUACCUGUGCCAGGAAAAGGGCAUCAAGCCGGCCAGCCGCAGCGGGUUCUGCCCCAAGGACAAGACUGAAGAGUUCUUCUACUUCUUCGAGCAAGGCGCUGACUACAUGUUUGUCGAGGACAUUGUCGAGGCAAACAUCCUGCGCACGUUCUUUGCCAACAAGCUCGAGAACAAGCAAAACCAGCGCUUGGACAGCUAG